AUGGCGACUGCGAUCGACUAUGAUGCUCUCCUGGCGAGCUUCGACGACUUGGUUACUCGAGAAAUCAUAUAUUAUUCCCCGCCAACAACAAUACGGCUGCACGAUGCGGGCUUUCCUUUCGAAUUCUAUAUUAGUCCUUCACUCCGCACAAAACCGGCUUAUAUUGGGGACAGUUUCCACUCCAACGAUAGUGCAUCACCUGCAGGCUUUGGACCAGGCAGUGAUAUUGCCAAUGAGGAUCCAAACUUGCUGAUCGCCACUAUUAACCACACUCAUCUCCUCGUAAUCAACAAGUUCUCUGUUUUCCGGCCACAGUUGCUCUUGUUGACAUGCGACUCCUACCGGCGGCAGCAUGAACCACUUACCCUGGAAGACUUUGCGGCGACUCACAGCGUCCUCAGCUCGUCAAAAGAACGCCAUCUUGUUAUCUACAAUUGUGGAUCAAUAGCAGGCGCAAGCAGGAACCAUAAACAUGUGCAGAUUUUGCCGCGCCCUGCCGAUCUAUUUCCGGACGACCCGAACUUUGACCCUGAGGUGAUUCCGUUUCAGUAUGGUCUGCGAUCUCUUCGCGGUCUGGAUUUCGGAAGUCCGGACUGCCCCCUAAAACUCUCGGAAAUCUACCAGGAACUAUUGGCAGAGGCGAAAGAAAGGCCUGGAGACUCACUCGACGCAAACAAUGAAGGGUACUUUCCACAUAACGUCGCGUUGGUCCGAGAGUGGAUCAUUGUCAUCCCCCGGCGCAGUAACAACUUUGAGGACAUCACUGCCAAUGCGGCUGGAAUGAUGGGCUCUGUCUGUCUAAAGAGCGAAGCCGAGUUGGAUCGCUGGAAACAGGUCGGACCGACGAAAGCUCUGGCUGGUUUGGGAUUUCCGAGAGAAUCUGAGAAGGAGGACUAG